GUGAUCACUCAACGUGGCUUUUAUUGUGUGGAGGGAUGGAUUUAUGAUCUUUUUCGCCCUCUGUGCUCUCUGCAAACAAAGAGGACUCGUUGAGUUGGUUUGAUAUUAUUAUUUUUAUAAUUAUGGGUGAGGAAAAGUGUGAGGAGGAGUUGGAUUUGGAUUUGUUUAGUGGGAAUAAGCAUGGCAUGCAGGAUGUUCUGUGGUCUCUGUUGUAUGGAGUUGGGGAGACUCGAACCAGGGCUGCCAGAGAGAUCAGGAGGCUUACUAAGACUUCUUCCAAGAGCAGGGCUUAUUUGGCUGCUGGUGGGGUGAUUGGGCCACUGGUUUCUAUGCUCAAAUCUGAGGAUGCAGAGGCCCAGGAAGCUGCUCUUUUGGCUUUGCUCAAUCUUGCUGUCAGAAAUGAGAGAAACAAGGUUAAAAUUGUAAAAGCUGGUGCUAUUCCAAUCCUUGUGGACUUCAUGCAAUCAGAGAAUGCCAACUUGAGGGAGUCAGCUGCUGCAGCCAUUCUAACACUCUCAGCCUCAUCUGUCAACAAAGUAAUUAUUGGUGCAUCAGGGGCUACACCUCUUUUAGUGGAGAUGCUCACAUCGGGAAGUCCUCAAGGUAAGGUGGAUGCAGUGAUGGCACUUUACAACUUGUCAACUUGCCAGGAAAAUCUAUUACCUAUUCUUGCCUCUGGGGCUAUUCCACCACUGAUAAUGUUGCUGAAGAGCUGUAAGAAGUCUUCUAAGCUUGCAGAAAAAAAUUGUGCUUUGCUAGAGUCCUUUUCAGCAUUUGAUGAGGGUAGGACUGCAAUAGCAAAGGAGGAUGGUGGGAUUCUUGCACUGGUAGAAGCCAUAGAAGAGGGAUCUCUCCAGAGUAGGGAGCAUUCAGUUGGAGCUCUCCUAACUAUGUGCCAAAGCAGCAGAUGCAAGUACAGGGAGGCCAUUCUUAAAGAAGGUGUCAUUCCAGGGCUUCUUGAGCUCACUGUGCAGGGAACACCCAAGGCCCAGCAAAAAGCUCGCACCCUUUUGCAGUUACUAAGAGAAUCUCCUCCUCCUACAAGGACUAAUUCAGCAUCUGCGGUAAUUGAGAGCAUUGUAUAUGACAUUGCUGCUCAUGUGGAUGGCGCAGAGAAAGGGACUGAAACUGCCAGAAAGAUGCUUACAGAGAUGGUUCAGCGGAGCAUGGAACAAAGCAUGAGACAUUUGCAGCAAAGGGCACUAGUCUGUAUGCCAACAGAUAUAUCUAGAUCAAAAUGCUUGGCUAAGUUGCAAUCAAAUGACGAGAUUUUACGUUAGGCCAAUUAUUACCCACCAGUAGUUAGCUUUGAAACUUGGAUAUGGAGAAUAAAGUUUUGGUUAGUUACACGAGUUUGCCAGUCCAGGCCAUCUGAAUGGUACGAGGUGACUGGUUGUGGUCUCUAUGAUGUCAGCUGCCUUCUUCAAAAACAUUUAUGGUGUUUUGUUAAAUAUUCAACACAGCUGAGCAGAUUUAUUCUCCUGAAUGUACAUAGUUGAUUCCUUCACAGAGAGAUAGUUAUUCUACCAUACAGAACCAUUUUGUUACAGCCAAUAUCAGUGUCCUAUUUGUAGGUCUCGUCUUAAGUUUUUAGUAUUUUACCUGUAUCUUCAUGCAGGGAGCAUCUUUAUGUUAUCUGCCACUGGUUUGUAAGAACUGUAUGUAUAAGAUACUUUACAAAGCAGGGCAGCGAUUUAUAGGUGUUUAGUUGCUUAAGGUGGAACUGCUACACUGCUACAGUUUAGGUUAUCAAAUAAGCAUAGUCCAUGUUUGGAAACAAACAUUUAAGUUACGAAGACUUCUGUCAUCUACCUGAACACUGUAAAUAAUUUCAUUACUUCAAAUGCUGUUUUAAUAAAAGGUUGGCAUGGGUUUUCUCCGUGUAUCGUA